UUUAAAGCUAUUUUCAUAAGCGGUGAGAAAUUUCAACAUCUGUCAAAGAUAAAGCUUUCACCUUUUUUUACGAAUUAGGUACUGAAUUGACUUGAGAGGUUUCAUUUGAAUCUAAAAAGGUUUAGUUUUUUUAAGUUUGAUGGGGACAGGGAAUUCAAAAGAAAACUGGCGACAGUCAUCGCUUAGGUCAGCUUCAGCUUCAUCAGCAUCACCAUCUUCAUCUUCUUGGGCUUCUCAACAAAGUUAUCCUCAGUAUGGUGCAGAAAGCUAUAACUAUCCUCCUCCACCUUCUUAUGCUCCACCUCCUGAGUAUACGCAACCUCCUCCACCUUCAUAUAGUACUCAGCCUUAUUCUGCUUCGCCUUAUUCUGCACCGCCUUCUCAAAGCUAUGGUAGUGAUAAUAAGAAGAGGUUGGAGCGCAAGUAUUCGAAAAUUUCUGAUGAUUACUCUUCUUUGGAGCAGGUGACGGAGGCUCUUGCACGAGCGGGUCUAGAAUCUUCAAAUCUCAUCGUUGGUAUUGAUUUCACUAAGAGUAACGAAUGGACAGGGGCCAGGUCCUUCAAUAGGAAAAGCUUACACUUCAUAGGCAGUAGUCCCAAUCCUUACGAACAAGCGAUAACUAUCAUAGGAAGAACCUUAGCCGCCUUUGACGAGGACAACUUGAUUCCAUGUUAUGGUUUUGGAGAUGCAUCAACACAUGAUCAAGACGUUUUCAGUUUCAAUUCAGAGGAUAGAUUCUGUAAUGGAUUUGAGGAAGUACUUGCUCGGUAUAAAGAGAUCGUGCCUCAACUUAAGCUCGCAGGGCCAACCUCGUUUGCUCCGAUCAUCGAUAUGGCCAUGACCAUUGUUGAGCAGAGUGGUGGGCAAUAUCACGUCCUAGUGAUAAUAGCAGAUGGACAGGUUACAAGAAGUGUUGACACAGAAAAUGGACAGUUAAGUCCGCAAGAACAGAAGACAGUAGAUGCGAUCGUGCAAGCGAGUAAGCUUCCUCUAUCAAUCGUCUUAGUCGGGGUGGGGGAUGGACCUUGGGACAUGAUGAGGGAAUUUGACGAUAAUAUCCCGGCCCGAGCAUUUGAUAACUUCCAAUUCGUGAACUUCACAGAGAUCAUGGCAAAGAACAAAGCUCAGUCCUUGAAGGAAACAGAGUUUGCCCUUUCUGCUCUCAUGGAGAUUCCUCAACAAUACAAGGCGACAAUAGAGCUUAACCUUUUAGGAAGAAAAAAUGGGAAUAUCCCGGAGAGAUUCCCUCUUCCGCCUCCAAUGCACGGUGGAUCAUCGUCCUACAACAGUCCAAAGCCUUCCCGUUUUCCAAGUUUCAAACCGAGUGUUCCUCCUCAUCCAACUGAAAGCUAUAGCGUAAGGUCUAGUCCUGUCCCACCCCCUACAAACUCUGCUUCCGAUAACCAGCUAUGUCCGAUUUGUUUGAGCAACCCGAAAGACAUGGCCUUUGGUUGUGGCCAUCAGACUUGUUGCGAGUGUGGACCAGGUCUUCAAAUGUGUCCGAUUUGCCGUGCACCAAUCGAUACAAGAAUAAAGCUCUACUAACAAGUAGACCAGAUCGACGACCCUUAUCUCUUGUUCAUCUUCUUACAACUUCUUUUGGGAAUUUAGUUUGAUCUAAUCACUGAAAUUUCUCCGAGAUAGAUCGGAUCUUUGUGUAAAAAAAAAAGUCUUUGUUUGUUGAUUCACUUUCCUAACUUAACCUUGUCCCAAAAUCUUUGACUUCUUUCUUUCUUUUUUCUUUACUUGGAGUAAAAAUGCUGUUAUCCA